AUGGGCUCCAUCACGCCACGGAGACCACAUGUUGUGUGUCUAGGCACCCCUCAGUAUAUUGGCAAAGAUUAUCUAGCAGAGUUCACCAAAGACUUCGACUUUCAAGUACUGGACGCAACCGAUCGUACUCAAGCUAUUUCAAAAAUCCCAGAACUCAUCGAGCGAAACGGGCCCAUAGAAGCCUUCAUAGUUCGCAUGGGCACACCGCCGUACGAACCUUUCGACUUUUUCGGUCCCCUCGUUCCGUCUUGUAAAAUCAUCACAUCGGCUUCUGCAGGAUACAACGAGUUUGACAUCGACUGGAUGAGCAGGAAUGGUAUCACAUUCUGCAACAGUGUAGAUGCCGUAGCGGAGGCCACGGCUGAUAUGGCCAUCUUCUUAAUACUUGCUACGCUCAGGAACACUACAAUGGCAGAGAAGAGCGUCAGAGCUGGAAAAUGGAGAAGCGGCGCAGGACUUGUACCAGCAACUGAUCCCAAUGGUCUAACAUUAGGCAUCGUAGGCAUGGGUUCUAUUGGCAAAUAUCUUGCAAGGAAGGCCGCAGUGUUCAAUAUGAAGAUCAAAUACUUCAAUCGUAGUCGCCUGUCGGAAAAAGCCGAGUUGCAUUACAACGCCACAUACUGCUCCUCACUCCACGAACUUCUUUCGUCCUCAGACGUGGUCUCCAUAAAUUGUCCACUCAACGCAGAGACAACGAAUUUGAUAUCAACUCUAGAAUUCGCUGCUAUGAAGCCCGGAACUUUUUUCAUAAAUACUGCAAGAGGCGCCAUCGUCAACGAAGCCGCGCUGAAAGAAGCACUUAUAUCCGGCAGGCUUGCACGAGCUGGGCUAGACGUGCUGUGUAAUGAACCGCAUGUAGAUUCAUGGUUUUUCGAGCAAGAUAAUGUGGUUCUGCAGCCUCAUCUAGGUGGACUGACGAACAUGGCAUUUCAUAAGGCGGAACGAGAAUGCUUUGAGAACGUUCGGAGUUUUUUCGAGAAUGGGCAAGCAAACUCGCCCGUCAACGUGCCGUUUGUCGGCCUUUAG